CCCCGUUCUGGUGCCUCCUGGGCCCUCCCGCAGCCUCCAGGGGCCCGCAUGGAGCUCUCCUGGCCAGGCUCGAUGGCUGCCUGGUCGCUGGCUGCCGCCCGCAAUCGCGCGCGCGCGCGCCGGCGAGGGCCGCCACGGGGGGGGCGCGGCGGCCCUUUCUGGGGCUCAUGCAGCUUCGCAGGGUGAGCUUGCCGGCGCUCGCAGAUGGUUGCGUCUCGGAGGCGCAGCGACUGCGCGAUGCGCUAUGUGGCCCUGGCUUCUUCGCCUGCGACGGCGCGGCCGGCUUUGCUGCUGCCUGUACUGCGGUACCCGCGGACAGCAGCCAGAGCUCUGCCGUCGCAUCGAGGGCGCGCAUCGGCCCCUGCGGCGGCGUACUGCAGGAGGCCUACCGCGCAAGCCGCCAGCUGCAUGCCGCCGAGGCUGCCUUGGGAGAGGCGGCGCGCUGGACGCAGCGGAAGCCGCUGGACGCGCCGCGCCGGUGGUGGUUCACGGUGGCCGCCGGGCGAGGCCUGCCCGAGUGCGAGGAGUACCCCGGCGUCGCCGCCGCCCUCCGCGCCGCAGACGCGCUGUUCGCUGCACCAGCGGGGGCCCUGGCAGAGGCCGCGGCCGCCGCCCUCGGGCUGCCGGCAGGGGCGCUGCGCGGAGCGGCCGCUGCGGCGAUGCUGCGGGGGUUGCGCUACCGGCCAACGGACGGCCACGGGCUGGGCAUUUCCGAGCACGUGGACUUUGGGGACUUCACGCUCUGCCACGGGGACGGCCCUGGGCUGGAGGCGAGGGCCGUGGAGGCGGGGGUGCAGCGGUGGCUGGCACUGCCGCCCGGCCAGCUGCUCUUCCUGGCCGGGCCUGGGCUGGAGAAGAAGAGCGCGGGGGCCGUGCGCGCGGUCAGGCACCGCGUGGCGGCGGGGGCGGCGGAGCGCUUCUCGUUCUGCCGGCUGCAUCGGCCUUCUGGGGCGGCCCUCGGAUUGUGGCUCGCUUCCCCCCCGGGGCCGUUGGGGGACGGCAAGGCCGAGCGCAGCGUCGUGACCAGUCCCCUUCAGUCCCUGCUGCACGGCAGCGCAUUGGAAAGAACCUCGCUGCCAGGUCCGACGAUCAGCGAUGGACGCUUUUGUUCUCUUGGAGGGACCGCGGAGGCCCCUCCACGCCCUGUGGGCGAUGCCGGCAGCUGUGUAUGAUUCAGGCAUCCAUGGAUCGCUAAUCCAUGUUUGCGCGCCCCCGAUCCUCGUCAUCCUCGCCGUCGGGAGGCCGCCGUAGGAAGUCUCCGUGAUAAGGGUAGGUCGACCAUGCCAGAUCAGGGGUACCAUUGUGUCCUGCGCCUGGUUGCGCAUGCCAUCAAGGGAGGACGGCUGCGCAUGCCGAUUGUGUCCGCGUCUCGCAGAUGACGUCUUUCAGCACCCAGCACUUGGCGUGAGCCCACGGCAGAGCGGGACGCAGAAAUUGUGCGGUGGCGAAGACGGAGCGGAAAAGUUGCAUGCGGGCAUGCCAGCCCUGGAGUCGCAACGAGAUCAGCGCUGGGCCAACGCGGCCAACGGA